GUGGGGAUGUAGGGGGAGGGGCAAAUCGGCUUCGCCGGCGCGGGGGAGGGGGUUUUUGCACCGACAAGAGGGGAGGUCGGAGUUUUUGGAGCGAGGGAGGGUGUUUUAGGGUGGGGAAAGGUGGUACUGGGGAAGGGGAGAGGCGGCAACGGCAGGGAGAUCCGGGUGGCGAUGUCGUCACAUUGGUUCAGGGGCGGAAUACGUUAGCAAGGGUGACAGGUGAUGGGAGGCAGGGUGGCGGAGGUGGGGUAGGAGGUGUCUGAGCUAGGGUAUGGUGGUUGGAGUUUUUUUAAUUUUUUUUUAUUUUUGAAUAAUUAAGCAAAUAAUCUUUCUAAAAAAAUUAAUAAUUUAAAAAGAUAACCAAUCAGAAGUUUACGUGGCAUAAUUAGCGUUAAUGACUAACGGAAUUAAUCGCUGUAAGUCAUUAAGACACAUUUUUAUUAAAUUCAAGGAUAUAUGGUGAAUUUGAAAAGUUUCAAUAAACGAAUUAUUCAAGGUACAAUAAGUCUUGUAUAAGGCGGGUGUACAUUAAUAUUAUUGUAAGACAGUCAGUUUGAGGGCAACUUUAACUAUUUUUAUGGUAACUUUAACCAUUUUAAUUUUUUUUUUGAACAAAGAUUGAUUUAUAAAUAAAAAGUCAUACGACAUUUACAAAGAGAUUUAUAUCAAACAAAUACAUGACAAUUAAAUCAAAUAAAAACAUCCUUUCAGCAAAGCUAUGAUCGUUAUUGCAAAUUGUACAUUCUUUAUACCCUCUUUCACAUUGCUGUGAUUUAAAGCCUUAUUCGACAAGAGGAUCUAUCGAUCUAUUGUAACCGUUAAGAAAAUUUUCGCCUGAUUCGUCUGGUUGUAAUUGAAAGAUUAACCUCUUUUUCGAUCCCGCACAAAUCUUUACCCAUGAAACAACUCUACAACAAUCCACCAAAUAAAAAAGCAAAUCCUCCCUCAAAAGAAAGAAGAAAAAUCUUUUCUUUCGAAGGAGAUAAAUCCUCCUAAAGAAAAAAAAAACUUUUAUGAUAAUUUUAACCUGUCUUACAAUAAACUAACGUACAUCCGUCUUUUUUUUUUUUUUUUGAGAAUUUGUAUUCAAGGUAUAUGAUAAAAAAACCAUUGCGAAAAUGCCUUUUCAUCACCGAAUAAUCCGUACUCCAUAAUACUCAAAAGAUUAUAGCUUUUCUUAAACAAGCGUGGGGCAAUAUGUUAAGCGGCAACCGAAAGCCGUGUACCGUGUACCGUGUACUAGUACUCUGUAGAUUAGUAUAACUACAACAUGAAUCCACCGACUGCAAAAUUAUGCAAUAUUAUGCUUACAUCUCUUCUCUAUUAAUCUCUCCGCUUGGUGAAAUAUUUGUGCUAUGGCUGGAGCAAAAGUUGGCAAUGUUGAAGAAAUCAAACUUCAAGUAUUUUCAUCGACUAAUGAGUUAAUAGAAAUUCUGAACAAGAAGUGCAAUAAAGCUACGGAUCAACCCUAUCCUGCAAUGUAUUCCAGCAUCUUUGGUGGUAUUGUUCUUGAUCCUAUAAUGAUGAUGAUACCUAUAGAUGAUCAUAUGGUGCAUCGAGGGCAUGGUGUAUUUGAUACAGCCAUUAUUUUUGAUGGCUUCCUUUAUGGCCUGGAUGCACAUCUUGACCGGUUUCUCAGGUCAGCUUCAGUAGCGAAAAUAUCUCCUCCUUUUCCUCUGUCAACUCUUCGUAGUAUUCUCAUCCAACUAACUGCAAAAUCAAAGUGCAAGAACGGAACCCUUCGCUACUGGCUUAGUGCAGGUCCUGGGAAUUUCUCACUUUCAUCUUCAGGCUGCCCUACAACAGCUUUCUAUGCCAUAGUUAUCAAACAUGAUUUCUCACUGUGGAAAGAAGGUGUUAAAGUCAUAACAUCCUCUAUUCCCAUGAAAACACCAUUAUUUGCCACAACGAAGAGUGUAAACUACCUUCCUAAUGUCCUUGCUCAAUUGGAAGCCGAAGAGAAGAAGGCAUUCGCCUCCAUUUGGGUUGAUGAUGAGGGUUAUAUUGCAGAAGGUCCAAAUAUGAAUGUAGCUUUUGUGAACCAUGAAAGAGAGUUGGUUAUCCCAAAAUUUGAUAAGAUCCUUGCUGGUUGUACUGAGAACAGGCUUGUAGAACUUGCACCCAAGUUGAUAGACAAAGGGCAUCUGAAGGCUGUCAGAACAGCUGACACUUCAAUCGAGGAAGCAAAAGCAGCUGCUGAAAUGAUGUUUGUGGGAAGCUCCCUGCCAAUUGCACCCAUAAUCAUGUGGGAUGGAAAGCCCAUAGGAAAUGGAAAGGUGGGAGAACUGACUCUUGCACUCUCUGAUCUUCUCUGGAAUGACAUGGGAGCAGGACCUGAAACACAUAGGAUCCGCAUAAUUUACGAAUAGGAUCUGUGUUAUGUGUUAUCUACGAACCUUACUGAAUCAUUGCCAUCUUGCUUGUGGUGCUUCAACUAAAGGUUAUAAAAGUCCUUAUUCCACUC